CAAACCAAGCUCACUCAUCUAACCAAGCCACAGCUUGACAGCUAGCUACCUAGCCUCUAUCAUUCACAAGCAUUAGCCAAGAAGAAGAUCGAGAGCAAGACGAGCAAGAUGUACCACCAUUUCCAUGGCGAGGUGGCUAGCCUCCGCCUCCUCUCCCCACCGAACGCUUCCUUCGCCGCGCACCACCACAUGAACAUGGCCUUGCCGCCUCAGGCCUACUUCCCGCCGUCCUUCGAGCCGGCCUCGGCUUUCCAAGACGCUGCUUCUCUACUCGCCGGCGACGUGGCCAGUUUUGAGCUCGACACCGUCUUCCGGGAAGCGGCUCACCUCGCCGGCCGCAAUGGCUCGCCCAGCUCGGGCUCGGGCUCAGACGGCGCGGCGGGCAGCGGCUACCCGAUGAACACGGUGGCGGUGGCGGCCGAGGAGGAGCGCCGGCGUCGCCGGAUGGUGUCGAACCGGGAGUCGGCGCGGCGGUCGCGCAUGCGGAAGCAGCGGCAGCUCAGCGAGCUGUGGGCGCAGGUCUCGCACCUCCGCGGCGCCAACCGCCGCCUCCUCGACGAGCUCAACCGCGCGCUUCGGGGCUGCGCCGACGCUCGCCGCGAGAGCGCGCGGCUCAGGAACGAGAAGGCCGAGCUGGCCAAGAAGCUCGAGCAGCUGCUGCAGUCGGCCACGGCCACGGAGAAGGGCGCCGCCGCCGCCUCGAGCGAUCGCAGCUGCUCAUCGGAACCAUGCAACAACACCAGCGCCGAUACCUCUGAAUGAUCGACGACAUUAUCCGACCCAAUUUUUACCAGAGAGGAUAACAUAAUUGGAGUAUAUCAAUAAGAACAUGUGUGAUUAAGCAAGGGUAAUUUAACGAGACGGAGGCAUGCAUGCAUGCACCUUCAAUGAAUUCAAUAUUUCUAGGAGAUUUUUUUUGCUGUUAAUAAGGAGAUGCUUUAGUAUUUACCUAUGGAUAAGUUAACGUGGAUCAGAUAUUCACAUAA